CGAACAGAACGUUGCGGCGGCGGGCGGAGCCGGGGGAUAGUGAUGUAAGGAGCGGGGGGAUCCCGCUGGGAGAAUCAGGACUGCUCGGUGAGACCCCAGGGGUGUGGGGCGGGGGAUCCCAGUCCCCGCCCUGUUUUCCCCGUCCCUCCCCCUGCCUCCUUCACGCCCCUCCCCCUCCUCCUCUCUGGUUGGAAAGUUUCUAGAAUCUCUUCCCAGCGGCCUUUGCGGUUCCAACAUGGCGGAGCUGACGGUGGAGGUUCGCGGCUCCAACGGGGCUUUCUACAAGGGAUUUAUCAAAGAUGUUCAUGAAGACUCCCUCACAGUUGUUUUUGAGAACAAUUGGCAACCGGAACGCCAGGUUCCAUUUAAUGAAGUUAGAUUACCACCACCACCUGAUAUAAAAAAAGAAAUUAGUGAAGGAGAUGAAGUAGAGGUGUAUUCAAGAGCAAAUGAUCAAGAACCAUGUGGAUGGUGGUUGGCUAAAGUUCGAAUGAUGAAAGGAGAAUUUUAUGUCAUUGAAUAUGCUGCUUGUGAUGCCACUUACAAUGAAAUAGUCACAUUUGAACGACUUCGGCCUGUCAAUCAAAAUAAAACUGUCAAAAAAAAUACCUUCUUUAAAUGCACAGUGGAUGUUCCUGAGGAUUUGAGAGAGGCGUGUGCUAAUGAAAAUGCACAUAAAGAUUUUAAGAAAGCAGUAGGAGCAUGCAGAAUUUUUUACCAUCCAGAAACCACACAGCUAAUGAUACUGUCUGCCAGUGAAGCAACUGUGAAGAGAGUAAAUAUUUUGAGUGACAUGCAUUUGCGAAGUAUUCGUACGAAGUUGAUGCUUAUGUCCAGAAAUGAAGAGGCCACUAAGCAUUUAGAAUGCACAAAACAACUUGCAGCAGCUUUUCAUGAGGAAUUUGUUGUGAGAGAAGAUUUGAUGGGCCUGGCAAUAGGAACACAUGGUAGUAACAUACAGCAAGCUAGAAAGGUUCCUGGAGUUACAGCUAUUGAGCUAGAUGAAGAUACUGGAACAUUUAGAAUCUACGGUGAGAGUGCUGAUGCUGUAAAAAAGGCUAGAGGUUUUUUGGAAUUUGUGGAGGAUUUUAUUCAGGUUCCUAGGAAUCUUGUUGGAAAAGUAAUUGGGAAGAAUGGCAAAGUUAUUCAAGAAAUAGUAGACAAAUCUGGUGUGGUUCGGGUGAGAAUUGAAGGAGACAAUGAAAAUAAACUACCUAGAGAAGAUGGGAUGGUUCCAUUUGUAUUUGUUGGCACUAAAGAAAGCAUUGGAAAUGUGCAAGUUCUUUUAGAGUAUCAUAUUGCUUAUCUAAAGGAAGUAGAACAGCUAAGAAUGGAACGCCUGCAGAUUGAUGAACAGCUACGACAGAUUGGUUCUAGGUCUUAUAGUGGAAGAGGCAGAGGUCGUCGGGGCCCUAAUUACACCUCCGGUUAUGGUACAAACUCUGAGCUGUCUAACCCAUCUGAAACUGAAUCUGAGCGUAAAGACGAGCUGAGUGAUUGGUCAUUGGCGGGAGAAGAUGACCGAGAGAGCCGGCAUCAGCGUGACAGCAGGAGACGCCCAGGAGGAAGAGGCAGAAGUGUUUCAGGGGGUCGAGGUCGUGGUGGACCACGUGGUGGCAAAUCUUCCAUCAGUUCUGUGCUCAAAGAUCCAGACAGCAAUCCAUACAGCUUACUUGAUAAUACAGAAUCAGAUCAGACUGCAGACACUGAUGCCAGCGAAUCUCAUCACAGUACUAACCGUCGUAGGCGGUCUCGUAGACGAAGGACUGAUGAAGAUGCUGUUCUGAUGGAUGGGAUGACUGAAUCUGAUACAGCUUCAGUUAAUGAAAAUGGGCUAGAUGAUAGUGAAAAAAAACCCCAGCGACGCAAUCGUAGCCGCAGGCGUCGUUUCAGGGGUCAGGCAGAAGAUAGACAGCCAGUCACAGUUGCAGAUUAUAUUUCUAGAGCUGAGUCUCAGAGCAGACAAAGAAACCUCCCAAGGGAAACUUUGGCUAAAAACAAGAAAGAAAUGGCAAAAGAUGUGAUUGAAGAGCAUGGUCCUUCAGAAAAGGCAAUAAAUGGCCCAACUAGUGCUUCUGGCGAUGAAAUUUCUAAGCUACAGCGUACUCCAGGAGAAGAAAAGAUUAAUACCUUAAAAGAAGAAAAUACUCAAGAAGCAGCAGUCCUGAAUGGUGUUUCAUAAACUGAAGAAGUUCCUAGUUUACAGUUCUUUUACAUUACAUUUUACAAUAGUGCUUGUACAAGCUUGCCAAAGAUAGAAUAUGGAUCGCCAGUCUUUACAUCGCACUUUCAGUUCCUCCAUUUGGAAUUCAGAAAGGGGAGGGAUCCUGAAGAAAUCAUAUGUUAAACAUACUUUGACACCUACUGUGUUAUAAAAUAUAUCAUCAGAUGUGCCUUGAGAAUAGUAUAUGUAACAUUAAAAAAAGUUGCUGGCUAUAGGAAAUGUUAUUUUGUUUUCAAAAUAUGGCAGAGA